AUGUCUAAAUCUGUUUACAUCCGUGCACAUAGGCUGAGAUGCAGAACACAGCACCAUGCAGAUUCGCUGGCGGUGGAAGAGAUGAAGUGGUACUGCUGUGACAGAUAUUUAGUUGACGAGGAAGAUCAAGGCAGUUUGCCGGUCGGACCAUGUCAGAUCUUCUGCAGAGGUUCUGCUUCCAGCGUGGCUGUGUCGACAGGCAUUCCUUAUAACCUCAGGAAGCAGAUACAGGCGCGGUCUCCGAGGAUCACCGGCGGCAGAAGAGAGAACGGGAGUCAGCUCCGUGCUGACCCGCAACUACGGCUCAAGUGCAUCCUCACGUGUCGACAUAAUUGGGAGCUUGCAUGGGUCACAUCUAGGGUGCAUAGUGAGACUGCUUAUCGCAGGUAUAAACCACAGGAGAACGCACCGGAAUGGGACGUGUCACUUCUGUGGAAGUCCAGCCGGUUGACGCGGUAUGGGGGUGGCAAAUGGAUUGGGAUGAGAGCAUGUUGCACAGGAUGGGGAGUAGCGUUCGUCGCUGAGGAUGGCUACCAAAAGGCGAAUGUAAACGAACAGCUUAACAUUGGCGUCGAAGAACACGGAAACACAAUCGGCACAUUGGACGUGGGCAGCGGGGCGUUGGUUUGCAAAGGCAAAGUGGUUCCAGUCUCCAUUCUUGUCGAGCGGGGAUAUCACCUUCUCCAGCAUCGAACGGCGAUGGUGAAUGAGAACGACCCCCGCACAGUUUAUGUGAGGCUACUCGACUCUGAAGUGUCCGCAGUGAUUGCGCGAAUACAUUCAAGCGCAGUUACAUGCUCUCGAUUCCCUCGUUUGAAUGGCGAGGACCUUCACUUCGAAUUACCUGAAGAUGUUCGAUCGCCUGGUCCUGCCGGCAACAUUGACUGUACUACACUGAAGCAGUACCUCCAAACUCAAGGUCUAAUUUUCAAGCAUGAUAUGGGUCUUGCCGAUGGAUCGAGAACUUGGAUAACUGGAGUGGUUUCGGCUGCACUUCUUGCCUAUUCCACACAGUCAACGUUUCGUGUUGCUACAACUCUGUUCGAGCUUGAUGUGGAUCGCGCAGUAGAGGCACGGUUAACGCAGAUGCUGGAGACCGGACUCGCUGGGAUUAUUUACACUCACCUUCUCGUAUUUCUAGGCAUGAUCUGUCUGAUGUGCAAUAUGUUUACGCGCUUGGUCGGCGUUGAGGAAGUCUUCUGCGUGGUCGUUGAAAGCAACGAUGGAGACGUUGCAGUAAAUGCUGGAUAUGAGCAUGGGUGUGAAUACGUGGGGCACAAUGAAGGAGCGGGAUAG